GCGGGGCAUUGUGGGCAGAGGGGCGGGGGUUGGGAAGAUGGCGGCUCCCAGCCUCCUCCACUGGAGGCGGGUUUCCUCCUCCACCGGGCCGGUGCCCCGCGCCCGGCACGGACACCGCGCCGUGGCUAUCCGGGAGCUGAUGAUCAUCUUCGGGGGCGGCAACGAGGGCAUCGCGGACGAGCUGCACGUCUACAACACCGUUACAAAUCAGUGGUUCCUACCAGCCGUUAGAGGAGACAUCCCUCCAGGCUGUGCUGCCCAUGGAUUUGUUUGCGACGGCACCAGAAUAUUGGUUUUUGGGGGAAUGGUUGAAUAUGGAAGAUACAGCAAUGAGUUAUAUGAGUUACAAGCCAGUCGUUGGUUAUGGAAGAAGGUGAAGCCCCAUCCCCCACCUUCCGGUUUACCUCCGUGCCCUCGGCUUGGACAUAGUUUCUCAUUGUAUGGCAACAAAUGCUAUUUGUUUGGUGGGCUGGCAAAUGAAAGUGAAGAUUCAAACAAUAAUGUUCCAAGGUAUUUAAAUGAUUUCUAUGAGCUGGAGCUGCAGCACGGCUCCGGCGUUGUGGGCUGGAGCAUCCCAGUCACCAAGGGGCUUGUGCCCUCCCCGAGGGAGUCCCACACCGCAGUCAUAUACUGCAGAAAGGGCUCCGGAAGCCCUCAGAUGUUCGUUUUCGGCGGAAUGUGCGGUGCCCGCCUGGAUGACCUAUGGCAGCUUGACAUCGAAACUAUGUCAUGGUCAAAACCAGAAACUAAGGGAACAGUGCCUCUUCCACGAAGCCUCCACACAGCCAGUGUUAUAGGAAACAAGAUGUACAUUUUUGGAGGAUGGGUUCCACAUAAAGGUGAAAAUACUGAGACUUCGCCUCAUGAUUGUGAGUGGAGGUGUACCAGUUCAUUUUCUUACCUAAAUCUAGAUACGGCAGAGUGGGCCACCCUAGUACCAGAUUCUCAGGAGGAUAAAAAAAACUCAAGACCAAGACCAAGAGCUGGACACUGUGCUGUUGCAAUUGGCACUCGGCUGUAUUUUUGGAGCGGAAGAGAUGGCUACAAAAAAGCACUGAAUAGUCAAGUUUGCUGCAAGGAUCUCUGGUAUCUUGAUACUGAGAAACCGCUGGCGCCGUCCCAAGUGCAGCUGAUCAAAGCCACCACCAGCUCUUUCCAUGUGAAGUGGGAUGAGGUGCCCACGGUAGAGGGCUACCUUCUGCAGCUGAGCACGGAUUUGCCGUACCAGGCUGCCGCGGCAGAUUCCUCAGCAGCACCAAACACACCAGGAGGGAGGGCAGAGCCUCACAGACAAGGCAGCAACAGCAUCCUUCCUCAUGGUAUCAGUGAUACAGUAAAUAGUGCAAAAACUGAGCACACAGCCGGGAAAGGAAUUUCAGUGAGAAACAAACCAGAUUUCAAAGCAGCAGAUCUGAAUGCCAUUUUGCAUUCACCUUUGGCGUCUAAUGCUUCUAAUCAUAAUAGUUGUGUGGCAGAUACGCUACGGAAAAAUGAAGGUCCUCACACUUCCGCGAAUGUAGGUGUGCCAAGUAGUUGCCUGGACUUAAGAACAGUCAUCCCAGAAUCUUCCGUAUCCGGUACUGUUUCCAGCGCACACGCUUUGAUAGCCCAGCAGACCAUUAAGACCGAGUCAUCAAGUACAAACGGAGCGGUGGUUAAAGAUGAGACGUCACUAACAGCGCUCAGUGCCAAAGCCGAAGUUGAUGAAACAUGUGCUCUACCUGCCACUAAGAUCAGCCGUGUGGAGAUGCACGCCACAGCCGUGCCGUUCUCUAAAGAGACACCUUCAAAUCCAGUGGCCACAGUGAAAGUAGGAGAACGACAGUGGUGUGAUGUGGGGAUUUUUAAAAACAAUACCGCGUUGGUGAGCCAGUUUUACUUGCUACCGAAGGGGAAGCAGAGCACCUCAAAGGUAGAAAAUGCAGAUGUUCCUGACUACAGUUUACUUAAGAAACAAGAUCUUGUUCCGGGCACGGGGUACAGAUUCAGGGUUGCUGCAAUCAAUGGGUGUGGAAUAGGCCCUUUCAGCAAAGUUAGCGAAUUUAAAACUUGUAUUCCUGGUUUCCCUGGAGCUCCCUCUGCAGUCAGAAUUUCCAAGAAUGUUGAAGGCAUCCACCUUUCCUGGGAACCUCCAACCUCCCCUUCUGGAAAUAUCUUGGAGUACUCUGCCUACUUGGCUAUCCGCACAGCACAGAUACAAGACAACCCGAGCCAGCUCGUGUUCAUGAGGAUUUACUGCGGUCUUAAGACUUCGUGCGUCGUGACCGCUGGGCAGCUUGCGAACGCGCACAUCGAUUACACGUCCCGGCCUGCCAUCGUGUUCCGCAUCUCGGCGAAGAACGAGAAGGGGUAUGGGCCGGCGACGCAAGUGCGGUGGCUGCAAGGUAACAACAAGAAAGCACCUUUAAACUGAGUGCAAUUUUUCACUGAUGCUGUUGUGAUGGCACUUAUUUAUUAGCAACUGGUGAUGAAGAGUUGUCAUUUAAAAAAAUAUUCUCCAACUGUAUUUCUAGUAGUUAUGAAUUUGAGUUUGUAAGUUGUUCUUAAAAUGUAUUUGCUCAAUUGUAGAUCCAAAUAAAAAUAGAAAAGAAGCAAGGACUCUGAAAAUUAGUAUAUGGAUUCUUCCUUACAUGUAUAGCUCUUUCACAAAGAAAAACAAUAAAACUGAGAUAAAGCUAGAAGGAUUUGCUAGCCGACACCUUUUCUAAAGCUGUGUAACUCAGUCUUCCCCGAGUUACUGAGAUGAGUCCAGCAGCUGGACGUUGUUCUCUCUCCUGCCUUAGAAAGUGAAGCCCCUGCGCUGCAGGCGCCCUGUGUCUGAGGGCUCCCUCCGACUCCAUCUGUGCGAGCCGUGCUGACCGCGAUCUUCCUUUGGAUAUCUGUUAGGCUCGGUUCAGUAGACAUUGGAUUCCUUUCUUCACUUACAUUUGGUAUAGAGCUUGACCAGGACAGAGAAGAAGCAAGCUUAGAGACUCUGCUUUUGAAUUUCUAUUCCUUUUCCGGAAUCAUGGCAAGACACAAAAAGAAUAAAGGGUAGUCUCCAUUCCCCAGCCCAAUAUACUUGAGUAUAUUUUUGGCUAAAGCACAUACUUUGUCGGGCCCUUAAGCUCCUCCUUAACAGAUGAGGGGUUAGAAGAGUUUACCUGGAAGGUCUCUUUUGUCUCCAAAAUGUAUGUUCCCCAGAAGUAGACUAGAUCCCUGACUGUUUUCAUGUGCUUAAUGGCUCUUAACCCCUUUUGAUGAAGUUAAAACCUUCAUAAUUUAAAAAUUCAGAAUUAAAGUAUAUGUCCUCUUACUGCAGAAAGAAAGAAGCACCUUAAUAAGACCUAAGUUUGAAAUAGUGUUUUAAACAUUUGUAAGAUUUUGUAAAUGCUCUAGAUGUUUUAUUUUUGCAUUAUUUUUACCUCGAAAUUGUAUAAACUUUUUUACGAUGAAUUAUAAGCAUUAGACAGCUAACUCAGGUUCCUUACAACCUUCAAAAUGCAGAGAAGAGUUAUAAACACUCUGCUGUAGGUAACUUGUUUUAAACCUUUUGGGAACUUCCUGGUUCCACUGCCUAUUCAAGUCUGGAACAAAUACACACAGAGCAAUAAUUGCAGAAAAGACACUUCAGACCCGGAGCUGCAGUAGCUGUAGGGCACGGGUCUCUCUGUCUGUACCACAUCACCUUAUGCCUAAGGUUGACUGAGUAGCUGCGUCGUCAAACUUGUAUGUAUCAUAUCCCCAGCAAAGAUGGAAUUCAUUGUGCAGAAUUGAUAUAUAUGCAUGCUCCAGUUACUAAUUUAAAGUGUAUAGAAUAUUUUAAUAUAUAAUUUUUGUAAAGAACUGGGAUUUUUAUAUUACAGUAUUUGUAAUUAAUGUGUCUCACUAAUUUUCUCUUGAAGAAAAUACGCAGACUGUUAGACACAUACUGAGUGGUUUCCGAACUCUAAAGAUACAAUAAACGCACUGCAACAGUGCUGUUAAAAAACCUUCCUUUGUGGCUAUCUGAAUCCUUAAAUGUCGGUGUGACAAACAGUGUUGACAGGGAGCCGCUCCGGCUUGUUAGCCUGCGGCUCCUUGAUGAGAGCUUCACUCUGCAUUUGUUCAAUUCCUAUGUGUUGCUUUUGGCAUAUGCUUGCUUUUUGCACUAGUAGGAUUUUAACUUACCUCAUUAUUAUGUUGGUAAUCAUUUGUAUAGUUUCCAUAAUGUGUCUGAUGUAGACGAAACAGAUACUUAGCCAAAGUUAAAAUUAAAAUAAAUGGUAAGCAGUUUUGCACAUGUUAAA